UAGAAACCGAGGGGGGAUACCAGUCAUCCCCGUCUUGAUUCCACGCACACAUUUUUCCCCUUAAAAGAGCCAGGAUCCUAGCCGAGAAAAGCGACACACCCAAAAUUCCACCACUUUAGAAACCGAAAUAACACUUUUUUGUUCACCUGAAUCAACCAAGUUAUCGAUCAUGCCAUCCUACAAACUCACUUACUUUGGCUUCAAGGGCGGCCGGGGCGAAAGCAUCCGAAUGGCCCUCCAUUGCGGCGGCAUCCCGUUCACGGACGAACGAUUAACGCAUGAACAAUUCGCCAAGAUCAAGGAGAGUCUCCCGUUUGGACAGGUACCUAUCCUGACGAUCGACGAGAAAACGGUCAUCUCGCAAGAAGCUGCGAUCUUGCGCUACGUUGGUCGCAAGACAGGCCUCUACCCGGAGGAUCCCGAGGAAGCUGUCAAAGUCGAUGUUUUGAUGUGCUUCGUUGAUGACUUGUACUCGGCCGUGCCUCCGUUUUUUGCGCCCGAGCAUCCGGGAAAGGAGAUCAUGAUCAAGACGACGAUCGAGGAGCGGAUCCCCAAGAUGCUCAGCUAUCUUGACAAACACCUGUCCGACAGUUUCAACAACAAAGGCAUGGCUUUCAGCGCUGGGAGUCGCUUGACCGUGGCCGACUUGAGGAUUUACGCGGCGCUGACGCUCUACAAAUCUGGGAUGCUCAGUGGUUUACCCACCGACCUCGUCGAAUCAAGCUACCCCAAUAUCUCAAAACUCUACCAGGCCAUUGAGAACCAUGAAAAAGUUGCUCAAUGGAAAAAGGCACAAGCCUAAUCUGAAUCAUCGAGUUGUCGCCAAGCUUGUGGAGGAUUGCUUCGUAGUUCUUUAGUCAUCAAAAAAAGGAUGUUCCAGAAUUGAAAUCACUAUCAAAAAAUAAUCAAAAAUUUGCUUGCAAUGAAUGUAUGCAGAGCUAAGAGCUUUUAUGAGAUUGAAGCAUCCUCUCGACAUGAGAUUUUUCCCUGAGUGAAAUUU